AUGCAAGAGUUAGCGCUCGUUGCCUGCGGGGACAACGAGGCGAACGUCGACAUCAAUGUCAUCUUCAAAGAUGUUCUGCCGUCUGCAUUUCUUUCAAGAUGGUCGAAGUCUUUGAGGACUCUUGAUAAAGCCAGUAUCUUGUAUGAACAAGUAGCCAGCGAAAAAUUAUGCUCAUCCGAAGAUUUCGAUUUAUUCGUAGCAGAUCAGAACAUCGAGGACUAUGCGAAGAACGGGAAGUUGAUCAAGGACUUGUUGAGUCUUGAUGAUCACACUAGUAGACUGGUUGUAGAAGUGCGAUACGUGAAGGAAAUGGACUUUGCGUCAGCGAGAGAAUCAACGGGUUACAGCAGUACCGCAGAAAGAAACGGGUUCAUGUCUGCUACCCGCCCUGUGUUCAGCUACAGCACAGGGCCCAAGUGUAAAUUUGUAGGACUUUCAAAUCAAGGAGCAACGUGCUACAUGAACUCUCUGCUACAAAGUUUGUUCAUGACGCCUGAGUUCCGUGAAGGGGUUUACCAGAUUACCGUGGAGCAGGAUCCGGUGAAGCAGAAAGAUAGCAUCUGUUUCCAGCUGCAAUAUCUCUUUGCUCAGAUGCAGCUAUCGGAGAAACAUUCGGUGGAGACGAAAGGGCUGACUCGAUCCUUUGGUUGGUCUGGUGCAGAUGCUUUUCAGCAGCACGACGUCCAGGAGUUGUGCCGAGUGCUUUUUGAUGAGCUUGAGGAGAGGCUCAAGGGAACACCGAAGGAGCACUUGAUCAAGGACUUGUUCGAGGGAAUCAUGGAAAGCUACGUGAGAAACAUCCCCGGAGCUGAAGUGAAGUUUGAAUCUCUCAAGGAAGAGCCAUUCAUGGACCUCUCUCUGAACAUCAAGCAGUUUGGAAAUCCCCAUCCCAUCAAGAGCGUUGAAGAAGGUCUGGCUAACUUCAUCAAGCCUGAGACUCUGGAUGGAAACAAUCAGUACCAACUUGACCCUGAUCCUGCUAACGGUCGGACAGAAAAGAUGAUGGUGGAUGCUUACAAGGGGCUUCAGCUCGCUGACCUCCCGUACAUCCUCACCAUCCAGCUCAAACGCUUUGACUUCGACUACGAGACUAUGAGACGCAUCAAGAUCACAGACAGAGUCACCUUCCCCGAGAUGCUCGACGCCUCCUCCUACCUCUGCCGCAACCCCAAGAGGAAGCGGCGCAUGUCCAUCACCGAAGACCCUCCGGACGAGCAAGACGGCGAAUCGCAGCGCAUGGAGGGAGACAGCAACCUUCACUCCAGCAGCAACUGCGAGCCCUCCGAGUCUGCUCGGAAUCCCUUGUGGUAUGACCUCUACAGCGUCAUGGUGCAUAGCGGAAGCGCGUUCGGUGGGCACUACUACGCGUACGUCAAGGACUUGGCGGAAGGACGAUGGUACAAGUUUAACGACGCUAUGGUAACGGAAGCUUGCUGGCAGGAUGUUGAAUCCACUUUCGGAGCUUAUGGAGCAACAACGACCUAUCUCACCACAGCGACCGCCUACAUGCUUUUGUACAGGAGGAGGGAGGAUGGCAGGAAGGUUCAGCGGAAGCUAGAGGUGCCAGAGGCAAGCAACAAACCCCGUCGAUUCCACUUCCAUUGCGCUGACUUGUGUUCGCAGGAGUUGGCACAAGCGAUCAAGAUUAGCGAGGAAGCAUUGAAGAGAGAGGAGGAGGAGCUGCGGAUAAAGAGGAAUACGUGGCAGAUCAACGUAUUCCACGGCUUCUACCACAGCACAGUGAAUAUCUUGAAGGAUCAAUCUUACCAUCAGUUGCUGGUAAGGGUCAGGGAAAGUUUCAAUAGCUUGAAGGACGUCGAUAUCGACUGCAUCCGGCUCAGGAAGUACAACCCGUCAAACGACCUGCUGGGACUACCAGUCCUGUCAGAUGAGGAGGACAAUCCUGCCAUUGAGAGCAUACUGUCUUGUAACAUCAACUUGGCUGUGGAAACGAGGAUGGAUCUUUCAAUGCCAUGGAAGCAAUUCCAGCCGAACAGCAGUCCUGUCCGUGUUUGGCUGAGCAGAGACAUUGUUGGGGAUGUAGAUAGCGCAAUCCUACAGUUCUCGGACGAGAAUGACGUGUUUUACCUCCAAGAAGAGGACACCGUCUUGGACCUGAAGCGCCUGGUGAUGCAUCAGUACGGCGUCGAUGUGGGUGAGCUCGUGGUUGCCAAGUAUCGACGGCAUUCGAUCCACAGGGAAGUUCAGUUCCCGGAGAACGCAACCAGGUUGAAGAGGAUGUUCUCUCAGUGGGAGGAGGACUUCUUCUUCGUCGCCAAGAUCAAGUCUGAGAUGUUGAACUCGCUCAACGAUGUGCACCUCUUCAAGAACUCCAUCAUGUCUCCUGCUGUCUUGGAGGCCUCGAACAAAAUCAAGAUCCUCUUCAACGACCUGCAGAACCAAUCCGUCGGUCACUCUAUCAUCACCCCAAUCUCCGACUCCCUCCAGAGCGCCAAGGAGAGGAUGAGCAGCAUGUUGGAGAUGGAGUGUGAGAAGUUCAAGAUCCUGCGGAAGGCUGAGAACGGGAUGCAAGAGUUGAACAGGAUGCAGAUGUCUCUUGCUGACCUGGGAAUCUCGAGGGGAGGAGAGUACAUCACAAGGUUGCACGUUGAGGCAGGAGCACCGUCCAAGGCGUCGAUCUAUCAGGUUCAGCUUCACCUGGUCGACUCGGUCAAGCAGCCCUUGACGUGGAAGGAGCUGAGCACAGUAGAGAUCGACGACGACCUGACCGUCGCACAGAUCAAAGUGAACCUGAUUGAGAACCUGCCGGAUAGUCUGAAGUGCAAGAUUGACUCUACCGAUGGGGUCCCACACCUUCGUCUUCGCGCUCCCUCAACGUUGAGAUUUUGCCCUGAGCUGGUGCUUUGUGAUGAUAUGAAGCUUUCGUCGCAGUAUCAGCUCGAGAACAUUUCGACCAAAUGUUUAUUCUUGGAGCUGCUGCCUCAGCUGGAGCCGAAGACUCGAGCAGAGUCUCUGGCUGUUCAGCUUGUGCGAUGGCGACCGUCGGAGUACAAGUGCGACCCUGUAGAGGAGAUGAUAGUUGAAGCGGAAGACACGAUCGACGACUUAAACAGGAAGCUUGCAGCGAGAAGUCAAAUAGAGCAUACCAAGUUACGGCUGACCCAACGAUCCAACUGGAAUGGUUUUGCUAAGCUCGACUUGGUGAAAUAUCACGACUGGAAUUCACUGCUGGCUCACGCGAAGAUGUCGAGUGGGUCGGCGAUUCAAGCGCUUGCUUUGAAAGAGGAAGGGUUCUACUACUACAAGGACGGGGAUGAAGAGCUCAAGGAGCUCACCGAGGAAGAGAAGAAACUAGUCUCAGCUGAGGCUGAGGAUCUCAACAACUCUUCUCGCAAGUACUCUUUCACCAGUGGACUCAAGGAGAAGCAAGGGACCAUCGCAGAGCUCGUUAACGGCGUCUAG